CUGCGAGCCGGAGAGCAAGAAAGUGCGGCAGCUGACCCAGGGCGCGCGGAGGUGUCGGGUCCCCAUGCCGGCAGCCAACAUGAUGGAGAACCUGCAGCUGCCCGCCCUGCAGGUGCCCGAAUCCCAAGGCGCGCCCGAAGGCAGCCUGGUCUGGUCCAGCUCGUCGACCCCUACGCUUCGUCGCCGGCGCUUCAAGAUGCGCCGCAUGAAGAACGUGCAGGAGCAGAGCCUGGAGGCCGGGCUGACCCAGGACCUGCCCAGCGUUUUGGCCCCUGGCAAGGAGUUCUUGCAGCUGCCGUCCAUCGAGAUCACGCCCUCCAGCGACGAGGACACCCCGUGGUCCAACUGUUCCACACCCAGCGCUUCUCCACGGCGCAAACGCUUCCUCCUCCGCAAGUGGCUGAGGGUCAGGGAGAGGAAGGAGUGCAGUGAAAGCAGCAGCCAGCAGAGUAGCCUGCAGAGCAGCCACGAGGAGGAUGCAAGCAGGUUCCUGAGCCCUCCGACACGGGAAGAAAGCACUGCCAGUAACUCAAACCGCAGCACGCCAGCCUGCUCCCCGAUCCUCCGGAAGCGGUCCCGCUCGCCAACCCCACAGAACCAGGACGGAGACGCCAUGGUGGAGAAGGGCUCGGACCACUCAUCAGAUAAGUCCCCGUCCACCCCGGAGCAGGGUGUGCAGCGCAGCUGCUCCUCCCAGUCCGGCCGCAGUGGGGGAAAGAAUUCCAAGUGUCACAAGCGCCUCUCAAAAAAAAGCCAGAGUUGGUACAAUGUGUUAAGUCCCACAUACAAGCAGAGAAAUGAAGACUUCAGAAAGCUCUUUAAGCAACUUCCAGACACGGAGCGCCUCAUUGUUGAUUACUCAUGUGCACUCCAAAGAGACAUUCUUCUUCAGGGCCGACUCUACCUCUCUGAAAAUUGGAUUUGCUUCUACAGCAACAUCUUCCGCUGGGAAACCCUGCUGACAGUUCGUUUGAAGGACAUUUGCUCCAUGACUAAAGAAAAAACAGCUCGCCUCAUUCCCAAUGCCAUCCAGGUUUGCACUGAUUCAGAAAAGCACUUUUUCACGUCCUUUGGAGCCCGGGAUAGGACGUACAUGAUGAUGUUCCGGCUCUGGCAGAAUGCUCUCCUUGAUAAGCCUCUGUGCCCUAAGGAGCUCUGGCACUUUGUUCACCAGUGCUACGGGAACGAGCUGGGCCUGACCAGUGACGAUGAGGACUAUGUGCCCCCUGAUGAUGACUUCAACACAAUGGGCUACUGCGAGGAGAUCCCCGUGGAAGAGAAUGAAGUCAAUGACAGCUCCUCCAAAAGCAGCAUAGAGACCAAGCCAGACGCAAGUCCUCAGCUGCCCAAGAAAUCCAUCACCAACAGCACUCUGACAUCCACAGGGAGCAGUGAAGCCCCUGUCUCGUUCGAUGGCUUGCCCUUGGAGGAAGAGGUGCUAGAGGGCGAUGGGUCCCUGGAGAAGGAGCUCGCCAUUGACAACAUCAUAGGGGAGAAGAUGGACAUCAUCGCACCUGUAAACUCUCCAUCGUUGGACUUCAAUGACAAUGAAGACAUCCCCACGGAGCUCAGCGACUCUUCUGACACACAUGAUGAAGGGGAGGUCCAGGCCUUCUAUGAGGACCUGAGUGGCCGGCAGUACGUGAAUGAAGUCUUCAACUUCAGUGUGGAUAAGCUCUAUGACCUUCUCUUCACCACCUCGCCCUUCCUGCGGGACUUCAUGGAGCAGCGGCGCUUUUCCGAUAUCAUCUUCCACCCGUGGAAGAAGGAAGAGAACGGAAACCAGAGCCGCGUCAUUCUCUACACCAUCACCCUCACCAACCCUCUGGCUCCCAAAACUGCCACGGUCAGAGAGACUCAGACCAUGUACAAGGCGAGCCAGGAGAGUGAAUGUUACGUGAUUGACGCCGAAGUCCUCACCCACGAUGUACCAUAUCACGACUACUUCUACACCAUCAACCGCUACACACUCACCCGUGUGGCUCGCAACAAGAGCCGGCUCAGGGUCUCCACAGAACUGCGCUACCGAAAACAGCCCUGGGGGUUGGUGAAAACCUUCAUCGAGAAGAACUUCUGGAGUGGACUGGAGGACUACUUCCGCCAUCUAGAGAGUGAACUGACCAAAACGGAGAGCACCUACCUGGCUGAGAUGCACAGACAGUCUCCCAAAGAGAAAGCCACCAAACCCCCAACAGUGCGGAGGAGGAAGCGUCCCCAUGCCCACCUGCGGGUGCCUCACCUGGAAGAGGUGAUGAGCCCCGUCACCACACCCACUGAUGAAGAUGUGGGUCAUAGAAUCAAGCACGUGGCAGGUUCCACGCAGACUCGACAUAUCCCCGAAGACACUCCCAGUGGCUUCCACCUACAGAGCGUGUCCAAGUUGCUGCUGGUCAUCAGCUGUGUUCUGGUGCUGCUGGUCAUCCUUAACAUGAUGCUCUUCUACAAGCUCUGGAUGCUGGAAUAUACCACCCAGACCCUCACUGCCUGGCAGGGUCUGAGGCUCCAAGAAAGGUUACCCCAGUCUCAGACAGAGUGGGCCCAGCUCUUAGAGUCUCAACAAAAGUAUCAUGAUACUGAACUCCAAAAAUGGAGAGAGAUCAUCAAAUCCUCAGUGAUGCUGCUUGACCAGAUGAAGGACUCCCUCAUCAAUCUUCAGAAUGGCAUCAGGGCACGUGACUACACAUCGGAAAGCGAAGAGAAGAGGAACCGCUAUCAUUGACAAGAUGUGUUUUUGGUCCCAGAGGAGUGUGUUUCUGGAAGGCCAUCUCUUACCGCGCCUACGGUUUUGGUGUGGAGCAGGAACUUGCCCACAGCAUAGGGAGCUCCCAGUCCCACCUUUCUGCCCAGCAUUGUUACCUCACUCCUGCUCCAGCCUUGGCUGUGAAGGGCCCAGCCAGCUCUCUGCUUGGAUUAUCUCUGUGUGACAGCUCAGAUGUCUUGUGACUCGGGGUCCUCAGCAGGCCUGGGAGCCUGGACUGGGCUGCUCAUCAGAUGCACCUUACCUGCCAAGAGGAGUGGAUGCCAGAUUGUCUCCCCAAUCUACGAAGGCUUGAAGGACAUUGACAUCUCUGCCCCUUGGCCCUCCUUCCUUCUCUGAACGCAAGACAUUGCAGAAGCAAAAGAGUGGCCUCUGCUUCAAGCAGGACAAUUGGUUCUGUCUGGGAAGCUGGCCUUGGGCUUGGGUGCUGUGUGCUCAGAUUGCACUGGAAAAACAACCACUUUUUUUUUUUUUUGCCAACAGGAGUGUGUGACUCCCCACAUCUCCUUACCUUGCAUUCUAGGGCCAGACCACUCUCUGCAUGGACCAGACCAUCUUCCCAAACCCAUGGUGCUUUUUUCCCCCUACUCAACCUAGACUGCAAGGCGGGGAGAGAUGGGUCAGAAGGCAUAAUGGCUACUGGAUGAACCUGACAUAGGGGGUGGAGUGGAGCAAGGCAGAGGGAACAGCCCCUGACACUUGCACUGGGCCACUUAGGGGAAGAAAAUGCAGGUUGAUUGCAGUCGAAUUGUCUGGCCUUCGGUGUUUGGAUAUAUAACUGUACUUUGCCUGGCGCUGUGCGCAAGGUCUGAAAACUUAUUGCUAGUACCUAGAAACAUACAAGGCGACCCAGCCAAAUCUUUAUGUAAAGUAGCUAGAGCCAUGAAAGUACAGUAUGAAUUAAAAGAA